AUGCCAGGCGCACACGAUCCUCCACACGGCGGCGCCGACGCGAGCGCUCCGAGACCCCCGGUGGCAGCCCGCGCAUUCGAUCCCUGCCCCCCGAGCCGUCUGCGUGGGUGCGCGCUCCGUCCGGCACAUGCACGCCCCGCCCCCCGCCCCACCGCCAUCCUCUGCAGCGCCCUUGCCUCCCGGAUCGUCCCGGUCCCCCGCUUGCCGUACACGAGCCCCAGCCGCGCGCCACGAUCCGCCCUCGCACCCGCCCGCUCACCACCCUCGACCCCCACCGCCGCUGGAACCCUCGCGCCACCCGCUCCGCGAGCGUCCCGCACCUCGUCGCACGCCGCAGAUGCCCCAGCAGCAGAAACAGCGUGCCCCCCCCGUUCAGCUCCCGCAGCACCUCGUAAAAACUCUGCACCCCCCGCUUCGACCCCCGGAGCGCGAGGUACAAAUGCACCAGCCGCAGCCCCGUCUCCGCCUUCUCCCGCCCCAGCCACUCCGUCAUUACCUCCAGCGCUGCCUCCCGCUUACCCAUCCGUAGCAACGCCUCCACCGCCAUGGAGAUCACCCGCACAGGCGGCCUCCCCGUCCGUCUCAGGUUCGGUAUCUGCCUCAUCACCAGCUCGUACCGCUCCACGUCCCGCAGCCCGCCAUCCACCCGCUUCACGGGCCGCAUCUUCAACCCGCCUUCCCGUCUCCGCUCCCGUCGCGCACCCCGCUUCGGCGUGCCCAGCAACUCCGCCCACACCGCCACGGACACCUUCUCCAGCCGCCCACGCGUCCGGCCACCGGUCCUCCCGCACCAGCAGCCUCACGCGCAGCUUCACCGUCUCGUCGUUCCCCCUCAUCCCCAGCGCCUCGAACCGGUCCAGCAGCCUCCGCGCCGUCCCAAACGCCGUGUGCCGGAUCGCGAGCGCGAUCAGCAGGUUCAGCGCGCGCGUCGAAUGCGACUCGGGGUGCGCGUCGUGGUACUCCAACAGCCGCUGCAGGGACGCCGGGGGCGAGGUCGUGAGCAUGGACAGCAGCCGCCGAAACAACGACGCCCGCGCCAAAGGGUCCGAGACCCGCCCCGCGUACGUCUCAAAGGGACCUGCGCGCACGAGAGGGAGGGGCGGGCGCGGAGCGCGCAUGUCGCACGCGUCUGGCGCGCCCGCGUCGUCGUCCGCGGCCUCGGAGAUGAACGCGCGCGCGCGCCCCGGGUCAAGGUCGAAAUCCACGUCGGCGUCCGCGAGAUCCUCGGGGUCGAUGAACCCGGCGACGCCCACGCCCCUCGCUCGUGGGUCGCGACGGGGGGCACGACGGGAGGGAGUUGGGGUGGAGCCGCUCCAUCGAGCGUGUUUCACUGGCCUCAUGCCUUCCUGUCUCCAGGGUAGACUCCGCGACAGGUCAUAG